CAGCAUUUAGUUGGUAUUCUACGCAUUUGUGACAAUCGGCUUGAGAAUGGUGGGUGGGUGGCGAUGCGCGUUUAUUAUAUGCGUCUGUGCAUGGUACGGAGAUACCGCGCGGAUACUCAUCGUAGUGCCAACUCCUUCUAUUAGCCAUCAGGUAGUGUUCCGUCCAAUAGCACUGGAGUUAGCAAAGCGUCAUCGUGUUGUUAUUUUGACUACUGACCCAGCGUUUCCAGACCAGGCUCCGCCGAAUCUCACAGAAAUAGAUCUCCACGAAACCUACGCUCCAUGGAUCGACCGCUUCGUUAAAGCCGCUACUGGAAAGCGAAAUGAUUUAUACAAGCAAGUUGAUACGGCGUUCGGUGUCAUUUUAGAAAUAUUCCCAAAGCAAAUGAAGAGUGAGGCUGUAAAGAAGGUGUUUGAAAAAGAAAAGUUCGAUUUAGUGAUCGCAGAAGCAUGGCCGAGACCGUCGCUGGCACUGUCUCAUGUCUUCAAAGCGCCUGUUAUAUUGAUGAGUUCUCUUGGCGGAAUGGAUGAACAUUACCAAUUAAUGGGUGCUCCUUUCAACCCAAUAUUGUACCCAGACUUCCUUCGCACGCGUCUGUACAAUCUUACGUUAUGGGAGAAAGUAACAGAGAUGUGUAACCGUUACCUAGUGUAUCGGUUAAUGGUGUCGUAUCAAGAAAAAGAAGAUGUGAUGCUUCGAGACUUGUUUGGAAAAGAUACGCCUCCGUUAGAGGAGUUGAAGAAAAAUGUGGAGUUGCUGAUGGUGAAUAUAGAUCCUGUGUUUGAGGGCUACCGCCCAGUGCCGCCUAAUGUGAUACAUUUAGGGAGUCUUAAUUGUGCGCCGGCUAAAGAUCUGCCUCAGGACCUAAAAUCAUGGAUGGACUCAUCAAAGCACGGAGUCAUCUACAUGAGUUUUGGCACGAACACGGAUCCGUCGCUGCUUCCACCGGAGCGUAUGGCGAUCUUCAGUCGGGUGUUCGAGAAACUGCCGUAUGAUGUGCUGUGGAAGUGGAAGGAGCCACCAGCGGGACUGCCGGCUAAUGUGCGGACGUCGGCUUGGCUUCCACAGUCUGAUCUGCUGCGCCACAAGAAGCUAGUUCUCUUCAUCACCCAAGCAGGCCUCCAGUCCACAGACGAGGCCCUCCGCGCCGGUGUGCCUCUCCUAGCUUUCCCCAUGCUCGGUGACCAGUGGUUUAAUGCUGAGCAAUAUGAGAGGCUCGGUGUAGGCCGAAGGUUGGAGUUGACUUCGCUCACUGAUGACCAACUACGGGAAAAUAUUGAGGAGAUUAUUAAAGACCGAGGUUACCGCACCCGCUCCAAGCUCCUAAGUGAAGAGAUGCAAGACCGCUCAGAGUCGUCACUCGAGCGCGCCAUCUGGUGGAUCGAGCGCACAUUGCGGCGUCGCACGCGCAGGCGCGCCCCCGCCGUACACGUCAGCUGGCUUACCUUCAUCGAUGGAGACAUAGUAGCGGCCGCUCUUGUGCUGAUCAUUGGUGUAUUGCUGGUUCUUUUAGGGUUGUAUAAAGUGUUAACUGGACGAAACGUUAAAGUUAAAACUACUUAAUCGUAAACCUCCAUGAUAUAAGUUUGGCA